ACGAGAGCUUCAGUCGCUCUUGACUCUCUGACCAUCGAGAUAUCGGCAAAACAGACAAAACAAGGAGGAUUACUGUGUGUGAUAGGCAAAUUAUUUAUUUGCGAAAGUGGAAACCGCCAUGAAGUUAUUUAGGUGUUUAGUGCCAGUAGUGGUGCUGCUAUUGAUUAAGAACUCCUCUGCGAGACCUGGUGUGUUAGGCGAUUUGAUCGGUGAGAACGUUGGUAGAUUGCUGGAUCCAUUGGGAGUAUUCAGGCCUAAAAGUAGCAAUGCCCACUCCAGCAGCAGUGCUCAGGCAUUGGGAGGAAACGUGAAUUUCGGACCUAUCGGUAUCGGUGGUGGAUACUCCUCAGCUUCGGCUGAUGCGUCGGCGAAUAGUGACGGUGGCUCAGCUUCGGCUUCAGCCAAAGCUGAUGCUCAUGCUAACGGAUAUGGAGGAUACGGUGGUUCGAACGCGAAUGCGCAAGCAUCCGCUAGUGCUAAUGCACAAGGUUCUUCGGGAAAUCCUGGGGGGUAUGUCGACAAUAAUGGUGGAUACAGUUAUUACCCUGGCGUUUCUCAUCAAGUCAGUCAACCGAAUUACGGAAGUUAUGGUGGCUCUCAGUCCAGUGCUAACGCUAACGCGAACGCGAAUGCCAAUGCCAAUGGCGGAGGGUAUUCUGUUGGUCCCUCUUAUUAUCCUUCUAGACCUCAAGCCAGCAUCGGCAACGCUAAUGCUAACGCAAAUGCGAACGCGGGUGCUAACGUCUUAAAUAGUGGCGGCGUGAAUGUGAUUCCCAACAAGUAUCCUAGUGGAGGAAUAGAUAAAAUAGAAGUAAUUCCUGUAAACACACUGCCGCUUUCUCAACCAACUCCUGUCUAUUCGAUACCUCAACGACUGCCUGGAACUAAUAAGGGAAAUGUGAUUGUCGUUGUCGAGGAAUCCCCGCAAUAUCCGCCAUAUCAUCGUCCGAGUCCUCCUCAUCGCCAUCAUCACCACCGUCAACCGCAUUAUAGUAAACCAAAACAGCAGCCCAUCGAGGUCAUCAUCAUUGAGGAGCCAAGGCCUAAUCCAGCUGGUGGCGGAAAUGGCGGUAUUCAAGGAACGCAUCCUGGAUAUAAAGACAAUCCGUUUUUAUCCAAUGGCGCUGGAUCAAACGCUAAUGCUAAUGCCCAUGCUAACGCUCAAGCAAGUGCGAGUGCAAAUGGCGGAAGUAGACAUAAUUAUCAACAAGGUGGAUAUCAGCAAGGUGGAUAUCAACAAGGUGGAUAUCAGCAAGGUGGAUAUCCGCAAGGUGAAUAUCAGCAAGGUGGACAUCAACAAAGUGAAUAUCAAGGACAUCAAAGCGGACAUCAAGGCGGAUAUCAGUCAGGAGGAUAUCAACAAGGCGGACAUCAACAAGGUGGCAGUUAUCCAGUAGAAUCAUCAGGACACGAAAAUCCAAUUGGCGGUGAUAAUCCCUUUCUGUAUUCCGGCGGACAUUCCAGUAGCAACAUCGGUGCUAAUGCUAACGCAAAUGCUGGAGCUGGCGCUAUCGCCGGAGAACAACCGAUAGGUACCAAUAAUCCGUUUCUUAAUGGUGGCGUAUCCCAAAAUGUCGGAGGAGGAGGAAACUAUCCAGGAAGUUCGAGCGUUUUGAGCGAUAAACCCAAAGGGGGGAGCAUUUCUUAUCCGGGACAAUCAUCCGGAGGAUUCCCUGGCUCAUUCGGAUUGGGGGGAGCCAAUGCUGGCGCCAAUGCCAAUGCCAAUGCCGGUGCUGGAGCCGAUAAUGUUGGAGGAGGUCCGAUCAAACAAAAUCCAAUAGUUAGCUCUGGCGGACACGGUGGCGGAUCUUCGGGAGUUCUUGAUGGCUACGAAGGUCACGGAUCUAGUCCAAACUUUGAUGGAUUUGGAGGACAAGUCGGUGGUUCAUCUGGUGCUAACGCUAAUGCUAAUGCUAACGCUGGUGCCACUAACACUGGAGGAUCUGGUGGACAUGGACCCAUUUUCGGAGGAUCCGGAGGUCACGGUGGGGGCUCUUUCGGUAAUCAAGGCAGUGGAUUUGGAACUAAUGGUGCAAAUAUUCACGGUGGACAUGCUGGAGGUUCUUCCGGAGCCAAUGCUAACGCCAAUGCCAAUGCCAAUGCCGGAGCCGCCGGAACUAUUCAUGGAACUAUCCCUGGAGGAUCUGGAGGUCACGGAGGAUCCUCCGGAUACGGUGGGGGCUCUUUCGGUAAUCAAGGCAGUGGAUUUGGAACUAAUGGUGCAAAUAUUCACGGUGGACAUGCUGGAGGUUCUUCCGGAGCUAACGCCAAUGCUAAUGCCAAUGCCGGAGCCGCCGGAACUAUUCAUGGAAUUAUUCCUGGAGGAUCUGGAGGUCACGGAGGAUCCUCCGAAUACAGUGGGGGCUCUUUCGGUAAUCAAGGCAGUGGAUUUGGAACCGGUGGUGCAAAUAUUCACGGUGGACAUGCUGGAGGUUCUUCCGGAGCUAACGCUAACGCCAAUGCUAAUGCCAAUGCCAAUGCCGGAGCCGCCGGAACUAUUCAUGGAACUAUCCCUGGAGGAUCUGGAGGUCACGGAGGAUCCUCCGAAUACAGUGGGGGCUCUUUCGGUAAUCAAGGCAGUGGAUUUGGAACCGGUGGUGCAAAUAUUCACGGUGGACAUGCUGGAGGUUCUUCCGGAGCUAACGCUAACGCCAAUGCUAAUGCCAAUGCCAAUGCCGGAGCCGCCGGAACUAUUCAUGGAACUAUCCCUGGAGGAUCUGGAGGUCACGAAGGAUAUGGCGGUGGUGCUAAUGCCAAUAGUAAUGCCAAUGCUAACGCUGGAAGUUUCGGUGGUGGCUCUGGUGGAUACGGAAACGAUGUUAAAGGAACAGGACAUGCCGGAGGACAUGGUGGUCAAAGCGGAUUCGGUAAUCAAGGCGGAUUCGGCGGAUCAGUCGGAGGAGGCUCAAACGCCAACGCACAGGCGUCUUCUAAUGCAAUUGCGUCCGGCGGUGGAUCGGCAUCAGCAAACAGCAAAUCGUCAGCUCUCGUUAACGGAUUAGGAUCUGCAAAAGCCGACGCGUCCAGCAGUGCGUCUUCAGGAUCUUACGGUGAAAUAGGAUCGAAAAGUUCAGCGUCAAGCCAAGCAUCAGCUUCAGCCGAUACUAGGGAUAUGCUAAUUUUUAAUUAAACAUUGUGAUAUAACAAAACGAAUCGACGAGAAGACUCGAAAGAGUUUUCUUGGCCAUAAUAACGAUAUAAUACUCCGAUUUAUACUUCGAUGUUCCACGAACAAACUUACUUACGCCGUACAAAUAUUAUAUUGUUUAAUUUUGCGACGAGAAUUAAAGAUUAAUUAUUGAAAAAUUAGAAAUAUGCAUAUCAUAAAAGCUGUCUAUUAAUAAAUACGUUUAAAUUUAUGAUCACGAGUUAUACAUUUGAACGUAUUCUUAGAAAUUGUGAUUGUAAAUUGGAGAUUUGAUGUUGAAAAUAAGUUCAAUUUUAAAAAUAGAUAAACAGUCUUGAGCAUUUAUUAGAAAACGUGUAAGGACAACUAUUUAUUUGUAUUUGUAUUGCAAAUGUUGAAGGCAGAUCGAAUAUUGUUUCUCUCGAUGUAAUGAAAUGUGUAAGAUGAAAAUUAUGACAUCAGAACUUAAGACAAAAGAUUCUUUGGCUCACAGAAAUAUAAUUUAGACAAACCUA